GCCCAAUGCCGUUCCCUUGAAUAAGAACGCCAAGCUUUAGUCGACAAUUUCUAUCUGCCAGAUCUCUCGCGUGCGCCUCACAGGCGUUACCCUGUCGACUACAGGGGUCACCUUUUACUUUCACUCCGCCUUCGUACCUCGCAAACAUGAAGAAAGGCCUAGCAUUGGAAACAACAGCUGGGCCUUCGCGGCCACCGAGACGGGGAAGAAGGAACAUGCUGGCGGCAGGUGUGGCUACAGCAAUAAUGCUGCUUGCACCGAAAGUAGCCGCCGACAGCUCGUCCUUCCCCUCUAUCGACUUCGACGCGCUGGGCCUGGUCGGGGUCGUGGGUGCAUUCUCGGGACUCGAGAUCUGGAACUCGUCACUAGUUGCCACCCCAGCACUGGCCGGGCAGCAGCUCAACCCCAGUGCGUCGACACUGCUUGCACGAGCACACAACGGGUCGCUCAUCCAGAUCGGUUCCACCAACUCUGGUGGUGAAAUUCGCGCGAUUUGCCAACUCGGUGGCGCAAAAGCGGGCGUGUUCAUGGGCGGCAAUUUUUCAGAGGUCGGAGGCGUGACCGCGAGCAAUGUCGCCAGCUGGAACCCCACCACAGGGAAGUGGGACAAUAUCGCAGGUGGUAUCGACGGUCCUAUCGAUGCGCUGUACUGCGACACGCAGCAUCAGACGGUCGUGUUCGGAGGGGCAUUCGGCGCUCCGACGGCAGCCGCCAACGCAUCAGCAUAUUUGGGGAACGUUGCGCUUUGGGAUGCGGCUGCGGGGAUGUGGAAUCCCCCAGACUUUGGAGGCUUGAACGGCGCAGUCAGGACCAUCUCUCCCGGGAUAAACUCCUCCAUGGUCCGCUUUGGAGGAUCCUUCUCGGUCUCCUUCACUGGCGGGCAGAUCCAAGGCGUAUCCUCAGGCGUCAACACAUCGGCCAGCCCCAUCACAAGCGGCCUGGCGCCGUUAUCCCUCGCACAAUCUGAGCUCACAGGCGGGCCCUCCUCCGACAUUGACGGCUUCAGCAACCCUGCACAGAUCCUCUGCCCGCAAGGAAGCGAUGGAGCUGGUAGCUCAUACCUCUUUGCAGAUGGCGGAAACGGCCAGCUCACCAUUCGCACAUUCCGGUCCAUUGACGCACGAGCAUUCCGCAUCGGCAAUACAUUCUAUCAGGGACGGGGCACAAAGACGUUCAACGUCGUCUCGAUCCCGGACAACACCGUCCUUGAACUCAUCUACCUUGAUCCAGCGACGAAUCAGAACGCAACUUGCACAACUGCCUGUCCUCUGGCUCAUUCGGAAACAAUCCCUUUCCAGGACUUUCUAAUCUCCAACGCGGCUGCCAACAAUGCACCGAACGGGAUCAAGAAGAUGACUGGCUUCCAGUUCACAGCCACAGAUCACUAUGGGGAUGGCGCCGGACUGCACAUCUUGGAACUGCUUUCGGCUGGAUCGUGGGCUUAUGCGUACGAGGCAUCGAACCGCGGAGCAUGUUCGUCUCUUGAAGUCGGCGUGAACGGCACAUACUCGCAAUCGACGUCCACAGGAGACUGGUACCCUGCAACCUACUCGACCUUGACGGGCACCACCGAGUCUUAUCUCGCCCUGACGGAUAGCUCGAGCACCAUUGGCACGGAUAGCGGUGCGUCGGUCUCUUGGAACGUCUAUGUUCCCAUCACGGGUAACUACUCGAUCUACAUGCAAAUUCCUGGCUGCAAGCAGACAUCGACGUGUGGCCAACGCAUAGAUGUCCUCGCUACCGUCAUGAACAACGCGACCAAUUCGGGCACGCCAACUACAAUAUCUCAGGACGUGCAGGACACGACCGCGGUGCUCGUGUAUGACGGCGAGGUACAAGGUGCCACCCCUUCCUUUUUGCCUUCGGUUGUGCUCUCCAUCCCGCAGAAUCCGACAGCGCCGGAUUCCUCGAGCUUCACUGUAGUGGCGGACCGAGUCAACUUUGUGCUUCGCAAUAGCUCCUUUUUACCUCUUACCGCUCAAAACUCGUUUGGCCUAUUCGAGUAUGACCUGUUUGACUCGGCUGCUACCUCGCUACAAAUGAACAUGUCAGCUCUACUGCUGAACAGCACGAUAACACCCCUCGACAAUUUUGCUGUCGCGCUUCGCAGCGCAGGCGUCGCCCAGAACUCGACCGAGUACGUCUCAUCGAUCGCCAGCGUCGCCAACAGGACGUUCGUUGCCGGCGUGUUCCGCGCUGGCAACGGUGACCCGAAAAGCCUGUCCCCCGUGAACAGCAGCAGCAGUGACUUUGCAAGCAUUGUUAGCUUCACAAGUGCGAGUAAUGGGGCGAACAUCAUGCGUCUUGCCGGCGGUGGUGUGCUCGGACCGGUCACUGGCAUGGUCGCGGUGGACAAUUUGAUCUACAUCGGCGGUAACUUCUCUUCCACUGCCGACGGUCAGGUGCAGCUGAUGAAUGCCGCCCGUUACGACCCUGCUGAGGACACAUGGGCAUCCCUGGCAGAUGGCCUGUCUGGCCCAGUUUCGUCUGUCAGCACGAUCGCAAAGGACGGUGUUCUUUUCACCGGCCAUUUCAACGCCACCGGCAGUGAGACUUCGACUGGCGGCUAUGCCAUCUGGAAUACGACAACCAAAGCAUGGCAGCUGCAGACUCCACUUGUGGUGGGCAGCAUUUCCGCAGGUAACGGUGCGCCCGAUGCAGAGCCGAAGUCCCUAAGCUACUUUGCCGGGCCCAUUUCCGUGCUCAGUACCAACAGCGCACCCGCUGCGGUCACUCUACAGGAGCCGGCGAAAAACAGCCAGCUCCCCGUCAUCAAGGCGCUGAACUUCGCUUUCGACAAUGGCACUGGACCUGUGACGAACAGCUUGCGCCGCGGCCUGGACCACCUCUCGGCUUUCACGCGCAACCUCCACUCUCGACAGCUUUCAGCAUCACAGACAAAUUCGCCAUCACUGCUACCCCGCUGGCUGCAAGGCGCGACGGCACUUGUAAAGCGGCAAGACGCACUUGCUCCGCCUUCGCUAUUUUCCGACGAUCGCAACCAAGUCUUAGCGACGGUGUUUUGGCAGCGACCCGAUGGCAACUAUAGCCAGAUCGUUGGCGGCAACUUCUCUACGACGACAGGCAUCAACAACAUUGGCAUCUACGACGAUGAGAGCAGAUUACUGACGCCUUUGCCGGGGUAUCCCAAUUCAAGCGGUGGCACAGCCUCGAGCGUUAGCGUCAUCCGCUCACUUUUGGUCGUCAAUAACACGCUCUUUGUGGGGGGUGACGGUGGCAUGAACAUCUUUGACCUUGAAACUGGUGCCUGGAACGCUAACAUCGCUGCUUUAACAGCGACUAAGGGUUCCGCCUCAGUAACCAAGCUGGCCCAUCGCCCCGAUAGCAGCAUUGUUGUCGCAUCCGGCACGUUUGACAGUGCCGGCUCUCUGCCAUGCCCCAGUGUCUGUGAAUGGAAUGCCGAGGAAAUGAGAUGGAUACCGCUUGGGACGGGCUUUGCAGGGACCGUCACCGACAUGGACUUUGCUAGCGAUCACGCGGGGACACUGAUCGUCGCAGGAUCUCUCUUCGUCAACGGCGUGUUCGCCUCGCUGGCGGGCUGGAGCUUUGACAAUGCCACCUGGACACCUUAUGGCCAGAUUGGCACUGGACCAGACCAGAUUCCAGGACCAGCAACGGCCGUAUCUGUCGAUGAUUUGCAGAUUAACUCGAUUUUUGUCGCAGGCCGGACUACUGAUGGGACCAAGCCCUUCCUCGUUAAGUGGAAUGGUUCGGCUUUCCAGAGCCUCGGCGAUCCACAGCUCCUGGCUGAAACGGGCGUGGCACAGCUCACCUUCAUGCCGAUCAAUACGGCGCACUCGCCCAAUGAUGUGCUCGAGAGCAACCGUAUCUUGGUUGUCAGUGGCGCGCUCAGUAUGCUGGAUUACGGGAACGUCUCAAGCGCCUUCUUUGACGGUACAAAUUGGGCACCCUUCCUACGCGCUAUCGACUUGAACGGCCAGUCUGGCAUCGUCCGGGGAGUCACUCGAUCGAUCGAGACGUUGAGAUUCCCGAAUCUACAUCGACUCGCUGUUGGCCUCGUCAUCUUGAUAUCAAUCGCCAUCGGCCUCGGCAUCGUCUUCCUGCUCGUCCUGCUCGGUCUGAUCUUCGCGCUCACCCGGCGUCGGUCAAAGGACGAUCUCACAAUACCCUUGUCUUCAUCGGACGAUUCACUGGGGGCUCCAGAGACAAAGCCAGACUCUCUGCUCGCCACGCUGAACGCGGCGACAGAGAACGUCAUGGGCGCCGGGCAUCACGAUGCUGGCUACUACAGCUCCUCCGGGUAUCGCGCGGGUGGGGAAUCAAGUGGCUCUGCGCGGGAGCCAGUCGGGCACAACCGGAUGGACUCGGUUGCAUUUGGCACAAAUGACCACAGUGAUGAGACACAGACGAGCAUGGUCUAUCAUAGCGACGGGGCCGCCACUGGCAGGUCAGGCUACUACACGACCGACUCUAGCAAUGAGCAGCAGCAGCGCAACAUCAGCGUUGGCGCACCUGGACCCCUUUCCACCGAAUACACCUCAGAAAGCGGCUGGGAGGAGAUGGCGGACGAGACUCAAGGCUUCGUCGCACAUGCUCGCUAUAGCUUUGAGGCAACCCACCCUUCGGAGCUCAGCGUACGCGCUGGCCAACAGCUAGCCAUCCUUUCGGACGAAGACGAGAGUUGGUGGCUCGCGCGUGAUGUGAACGGCAAUCAAGGUGUCAUCCCAGCGACGUACGUGUUAUGACGUAACUGCACUUUGCACCGUUCGCCAUCGCAGCGCUGCUAUUCCGCUUGCCAAGGGAUUUUGGGAUGAUCCUCUAUACCACAAACCUUCGACCACACCAACUCUUCUACUCUCCUUAUUGCUUACCCGACCCCUUCGCCUUCAUUUUUCAAAGCCACUCAUUUUACAUCCGCGGCCCGCAAGCACGGCUAUAAGCUGGACACUUUCUUGUAAUUAUCAAACCGCAUCGCACACAACGAUACCACGAGCACCAGUUCGAAGCUCCAUGCUCCUGAUCCCAGAUUGCCAUGUGACCAGCUUUCAAGUCGAAUGAGGGAUGAAGCUGGCAGCUACACAUGGAAAUCGGCAGUAAUUGCGUCACGUGACUUCCAUUCGCCU